AUGCCAUCGACUCCAGUGCAUCACAUCUUGGACUCAGACAAGUUGUGUCACAUGUACGAAGAGGCUCAGACAUACGAGGCUUUUGUUAAGAAACUCUGGAAUCAUCGCUACAAUAAAACUUUUAUUCUACAUGAUCCCCAGGUGUGGUCCUAUUCUACCGAGCAAUAUACAUACAAAGACAUAGCUCGCAACGAGAAAUUGUUGAUCGACGGAGUCCUCGAGAAAUAUGUUGCACAGAACCGAACUGAGUUUGCAGUUUCGGUCACUGAAAAUAAGAAGGACGGCCAGACCGCUGGCUCACUCGAAGCCCAGGCAAUGAGGUACGCUAAGAUCCUCGUGGAGGACAAUGAGUUGCAGUUACCAGGUAUAUAUGUCCACACGAACAUUGGCAGAACAUUCCGACUGUGGUAUUACAGAAAAGGGUCUCGCGAACUUGAUCCCCUUUUCGGAGGGGCUUCAUCUGACAGAAAGGAAUAUGUGGACAUCGCACCGGACGCCGCUUCGCGACACUGGAAGGCGUAUGUGGACGUCAUACUGGGAAUCGAGCCUCGUUGGGAAGCGCCAACAUUGACAAGCUCGGUUCAAACGUCGGCGUACGACUUCAAUCCUGGAGAAGCUUCGUCAAGUGCCGCCCCUGCUUACAAUCAGCUUCCCCCUCAAAAUAUACCCAUGGCCACUCUGGAGAGUUCCGGCAUUUACGAGGUGACGAACGUACACUUCGGCGGGAAUGGGCGUCGUUUACGAUGCACUUUCAAGGAUGAGAAUGAUGAGACACGAGACCUGGCCACUUAUAGUAACCAGUGGGAGUAUGAUGCUGGGCUUGGUGCAUACGUAUUCUCUAGCAACCAUCAUGGGAAAACAUUUGGGUAUUACGCACAGCGCUAA